UAUGACUUCCUAUAAAGCAAACUGUCAAAUUUAAUAUGCAGUCGCUUGUGGCGUGGAGAUUAACAUGAAACUUUCGAAAAUUCCUUAAAAAAAAAGUUCCAAUGCCAAAGGGAAGUAAAAAAGGUAAAGGUAAAGGUAAGGGCGGAGUUUAUCCCAUAGAUGAAACUAAUCCAAACUUGCACUUUGGAACGGGCAAUUUUCAAUUGCCGAAUGGCGACAAAUACAGCGGUGAAUACUGUGCCCACAAAUUUGGGAUUGUAUGGCGUGAAGGGCAUGGGACUUACUUCACAAAAGAAGGCCAAUCAUAUGAAUGCCAGUGGAGUAAAGAUAAGAUUGUUGAAGGAAAAGAAAUCACUAUCACUUACCCAACUGGCGAGAUCUACCACGGGCUUACUUUGAAAGACAAAUACGAAGGACCAGGGACAUACUACUUUGAACAUACAAUGCCGAUUAGCUGCAUAUUUCGAGGGAACUGUCCAGUGGGGCAUGUGGUAUUGGUUGACCUCAAUGGAAGAGUUUGGGAAGGAGAUACAAUGGCGAAAUAUGAAGGAGCCUUACUUUUACCGGAGAAUGCUUUAUAUACCCAAUUAGAUGAAGAAAUCGGAAAGGGACAAGUAAAACGGCAAGCGCUACUGGAGACGAUUCAAGAAGGAGAGGAAAUAGAGGAAGAAAGCGCUCAACCUUCGGAACACACUGUCUUUAUGAGAAAAGAUAAGGUUGAAAAUGAUAUCGAUUUCAGUGCAUCGGAAUGGUGCCAAAAUUAUUUGCGCUUCAAGGAGAUGAAGGCGACUGUUCUGGAAAAAUUAGAAAACGAUGAAGAACUUACUUGUGAAGAAUCAGAAUGGCACGAGAAGUAUUUGAAUUUCAAAGAGAAUGCCUUUAAAAGACGAAUUCAACAGAGGCCGUCUAUCGAUGAAGUGGAUACUACGUUAUUAAAACAACUCUACAAUGGCGACAACAAAGAAAAACAGAUUCCAAUUCCAACCAUAUAUGCAAAGCAAUUGUUAAAGUAUGUUCCGGUUGAGAGUGAAAAAUGUGGCGAAGACGACUGUGUCUCGACGAACGAUCUACCUUCCAUAUCAUAAAAUCAUUUUGUGGUGUAUUUAAUGCAAAUCAAUUUUUAAUGAGAAAACAAAUAAAUAAAAAAAUA